UCCUGAUGGCGAGAGUGUCAGCAGGCUCAAGCUCGUGGGAAUGAUCCUUUACGAAACUCUGCGGCUGUAUCCACCAGCAAUUGAGGUGAUCAGGGAGUGUGUGGAGGAGUCUUGGCUGCAAGAUUUACACGUUCCAAAAGGAGUAUCUGUGUCGUUUCCAAUCACUGGAUUGCAUCAGGAUAAGGAGCUCUGGGGAGAAGAUGCAGGCCAAUUCAAUCCGGAUCGCUUCAAAGAUGGGUUCUCAAGCGCGUGCAAGCAUCCAAAUGCUUUCAUGCCGUUUUCGUUUGGGCAGCGGGUGUGCGUGGGCCAGCCGUUUGCGAUGAUCGAAGCCAAAGUCAUUCUGGCUAUGAUACUACAGUGUUCCGGCUUCACCGAACUACCACCAUAAUCCUGCGAUGAAGUUUGGCUUGAAGCCUAUCCAUGGAGUGCCGCUUGUACUCAGUAAAAUGUGAUGCAUGUUCGUGGCAUUAGACGUUCAUAAAAGUUAUGUUUGUUGAACUACUCCGAGUUCUUGAACCAAACUGGUUGAUAAAUCA